AGCCGCGAGCUGAGUGCUGAUUAAGAGCUGGGCUAAACACAAGCGUCACUUGACAGCAUUUAUUCCUGAAAGAUGGAACAAGAGGAGCCAUAAAAAUAAAAGACAUACACAAUCCUUCCGGAAUGUUUGGUACUAAAAAGAAAAAAAUCCAGUAUGUGGCCUGGUGUGAAGAUGGCGCACAGCAGAGUGUAAGUGGAGAAUUUUCCCUGAGUCAAUAGGUUAGUGAGGCGAUUUACAUAAUUGCAUAUUCACCCUUAAUUCGUUUUUUAAAUCAUUUUAGGACCUAUUCAUCUAGUCCUGCACUGAUAUUAGAAAUUAGAAAUAAAAGUAAAAGGUAUUAUACAAUUCUGAUAAUAAUAAAAAUCAUAAUAGACGAACCCCCUGACAUGCUUGUGUAUUAUCUGGCUAUAUCCCAUUCUGUCUCCGUGUUACAGAUCAUUUUUCACAGUGACAAUAGCUGCAACACGUGUUAUAUAAAAAAAAGAACUAAACUACAUUAGCUGCAGCUUGUGAAAAUCCAUUGAUCAUAUACAAUAAAACAGCCGAGCGCAGCAGAAUGACCAGGAUGUGCGCAGAUAAUUCAUAAGUUGUGCAUGCAAUCAGCUGAAGAAGGCUUAACCUGUGGGGUUGUGAGAAAGGGAGCAUCUCCACCUCCACACCUCCCCCGCCCCGUCACCCCCCCUCGCCCUCCUCCCUCCGGAGAGAAAGGGUUAAUUGGAGUAGGAAUUUCAUCGCACAUCUGUCAGAUUUUUAAGGCCGUGACGCACUGAAAGCUGAGAGUCAAUGUGAGCAAAGGGGAGGAGGAGGAGGAGAAGGAGAAAGAGUUGGUGGUGAGAUCGAUGAAGUGGCAGGCAGAGGGAGGAGGAAAAUCUCACGAGAUAAUGAAAGAAAAAGAGGAGAGCUGCUAGUGUAGAGCAAAAAACGAGGCUAGACCCGGAGAUUUUUUGGAGUGGAAAACAAAGACUGAGAAACGGGAACGAAGAGCUCGAGAGAGAUUCGCCCGUGGCCGCAGAUGGUUUUUGCACUCUGGUUUUGGUGAAUGUAGCACCCCGGAGCGCAGCGGACCAAUUGUGUGAAUCUGCAGGGCUGCUCGGCGACACAAUCGGAGACAUGCACAGGACGGACAACAGCCGCGGACGCGCUCUGAGAAGUGGAGAAUAAAGGCACAAAAGCGAGGCUUCUGCCGAGGAACACAGCUGAGCACCAAAGAGACAAGAGAGCAGAGUGCUGAUGCACAAGUGAGAAUAAAAUCACAGUUAAAGCUCCUGGUACUGUUGCAAACUCGUUUUCUGGGAGUUUGAGAGAGUUUGAAGACAGUACUUAACGUUAUCAGAUAAUUAAUUAGACACCCCAUAAGCCCGGAAAUCAAUUAAUUCACAAAUCAAUAAAUCCAUAGUCUGGUGUAACAAGAGACCUUCCAGAGAAAUAGGACAGCUGUUGAACAACAAUAACAACAGAAGAGCAACAACACACAGGAGCAAGAAACACACAUUUAUUUGUUGAAAUUGAAGAUGGAUGGGAGUCUAGGGGAGAUGUCCCUCCACAGCCACUCUGAUCUGGCUCACAGCCAGGACGGCAGGGCCAUGCUGCACUCGCGGGACCUUUCAGCUGCUUUCCCCAGGCCUUCCCUCGGGGGCCCCUCCAUGUCUCUGGAGCCCGAGCCCCGUCCACCGGGCUUCGACCACUCCAUGUCCGCACUGGGCUACAGCGGCGACUCCCCGUCCAGCUCCGGCAGCACCUACACCACCCUGACCCCCCUGCAGCCCUUUGAUGACAAGUUCCACCACCACCACCAUCACCACCCCUGCCUCCCUGUCAGCAAUGUCAUCGGCAGCUUCACCCUCAUGCGUGAGGACCGGGCACACCUCAGCACCAACUUCUACAACCCCUACGGCAAGGACCUGGCCAUGUCCCAGAGCCUGUCGCCCCCCUCCACGGGUUCAGGCCUGGGCUCCUCCAUGCAUGGCUACGGCAGCUUGGGCAACAGCCCUAAUGGCAAUGGUGGCCAGAUGCUCCACGGUGGCUACGAUGUCCACGGGGGGAGCCUCUUCUGCCGGACAUCGGAUUUUGGCCGCGAGAUGUCGCCACCAGGCCUGGGAGGAGGCGAUGUGUCAGUGGGGCAUCAGCUGAACAAAAUGGAGGCUCACCAGCACGCCCCCAGCCACCACCCUCACAUCUACAGCCAGCACUACCAGCCCCACCAUCACCCGAGCCAGCAGGCCUCCAAAAUGGGUGAGCACCUGCACUCCUCAUCGUCCGCCUCGUCCUCGCCCAGCGAGGGCAUGCUGCCCGGCAGCGGAGGCGGCGCCGGGGAGGAGAUCAACACCAGGGAUGUGGCCCAGAGGAUCAUCACCGAGCUGAAGAGGUACAGCAUCCCCCAGGCCAUCUUUGCCGAGAGGGUUCUGUGUAGGUCACAGGGCACACUGUCUGACCUCCUGAGGAACCCCAAGCCCUGGGGCAAGCUCAAGUCCGGCCGCGAGACCUUUAAGAGGAUGUCCCGCUGGCUCCAGGAGCCAGAGUUUCAAAGAAUGGCCUCGCUCCGGCUGGAGGCCUGCAAGCGGAAGGAGCAGGAGCAAAGCAAGCUUGAGCGCAACCAGGGCCCGAAGCGCACCAGGCUGGUGUUCACGGACCUGCAGCGGCGCACGCUCCUGGCCAUCUUCAGGGAGAACCACCGCCCGACCAAAGAGCUGCAGAUCACCAUCUCCCAGCAGCUGGGCCUCGAGCUCUCCACUGUCAGUAACUUCUUCAUGAACGCUCGCCGACGCAACGUCAACAAGUGGGCAGACGAGGGCCGUCCCUCCUCCACGGGUUCCUCGGGCUCCAGCGUUUCCUCCUCCGCAGUGUCCUGCAGCACGGCAUGAUGACGGACCGCCGAGGAGGUGCGGUGGGGAGGGCACUGAGGGAGCAAGGGGGCACAUAGACUGGUCUAGGCAGAGAUCAGCCGUAAUAAAUGUCCUCCUCGUUAUCAUGAUUUAAUGAAGAUGAAGCAUUUUCCCAAACCAAAGUUGAUCGCUCCCUUGAAAUAGAAGGGGGCGAUACCCAGAGUGAUAUGAUCGCAGGAUGUGAGGUCCUGCUUGUAUAGUCAAGGGUGCAAAGAUGAUUUGACUCAAAGAAGAGUCACACCCUUACAUAGACACCAUCUCAUUGCAUUAUUUUGAUUAUCUAGAUUAGAGAUAAUGAGGGUAUUACAAAUCAGGAGAAAGCAUAUUUUGGUGUACCUUCAAAUCUAUAGUCAUCUCUCCAAACGUGAAAAAUCAAGAGGUGCCGUUUGCUCACAUCUGGAGAGCUCCAUUGUGUAUCUUCUUAAUCAAAAGUGUUCACCAUCAUCCAAAGACAUUAAUCCUCCCCCAAAGUUCUUAUAGUCCUGUUUUUCCUCAAGAAUCAAGGUGAAAGAGGAAGAAAAGGCAUUUUUUUAACUUCCCAUUUUUUUCUGAAGAACCUAAUUUCCCUUUCUUAGCAUGUAUUUCCAUGGCGAUGGUUCCCAGGACUGUAUGACGUUGUUCCAAGUUUGGAGCCUGGAAUUAUCAGGAGGGUUCUGUAGCGUCCGUGACUCCGAGCUGUCAAUCAUUUACCUUCAACGGGAACCUUUUCUUAUAUUUUGUGAAGAUGGUCCUGCCUUGAAUGAAUCAGAGUUUUCAAGGGGGAACCGCAGUGCAUCUCACAGUACGCCAGGACAGAAUCAAUAAACACAAGUUGGACGCAGAAACAGACUUGUUGGUGCAACUGUCUAGCUUUAAGACUCUCACUGAGCUUCUAAAUGAAAGCUCCACAGCCAUUUUUGACUCAAAAUCAAGCCAAAAAAAAAAGAAAAAAUUAAAAACAACCAUUGAACAAAGGCUCCAUGGGGAAGAGAUACACCUGACACAAUGUAUAGUGACAUUGUAGUAUUUUUUCCACUCAUUUCCAAACAACUGUACACACCUCUGCUCCAUUACAAAAUCUUUUUUUUACAGAUGUCUAGAAAAUGGAGGAAUGUGAUUCUUUCAGCCCUUUUUGUACAGAUUUCAAGCACAUCACUCUAUUUAUAGAAACACGUUGGAAGUGCGGGGCAGUUUGUUUCAGCCCUGCUGACGUACAAGGUAAUUUUUUUGGUCCACAAAGGAAAGGCUUUAACAUGCCUCCUUAUAGCCAAUAGUUAAAUCAAACCAAGAACAUUUCAAAUGCAACUGCUGAUUUGAUCAAUGUAUUUAUUACUGCAUUUGGGUAUUUAUUGUUUUCCCUUUUUCUUUCCUCUCUCUAUUUAUUUGGUUAUUUAUUUAUGCUAUCUAUAUACUGUAAGUAUUUAUUUAACGAUGCUCUCUAUGUCUGUGUGAAACUGAAGACUUUUUCUGAUGGGCACUUUUAGCUGUAGAAUCCCAUCGUAAUACCAAAGAUUAACAUUGCCUCCCUGAAUGUACGGCCUGAAUCCCUAAACCCAGUACCCGAUCCCAACCCAAUCCAGCCCGACCCACCCAGUGAUGUUAUGUAUCCCUCUCUAUCUUUAAGGCCUGGCCUUUGUUUUUUUUGGUUUUUUUGUAGAAUAAUGGGGAUUUCUUUACUCUUGCAAAUGUCUCUGCGGUCAGCUCUUAAUGCCAAGGCCAAAGCUUGUUUGAAUGUUGUGAUAAUAUUUAUAAUUAAUAAUACUAUGAAUAAUGACAAUAAUGAUAAUAAUAAUGAUUAUGAUGUGGCAUCCCAUAGGUUCACAGGUUGCUUGUGAAGUUGUGUUCAGGCCAAUGCCAUCUGGCAGAGUGUGUAAAGUGUCUUGGGACCCACUUAAAGCGCCGUCUGAGUGCGAGUCCUUCAGGGUCACAUGCAAACGUAUACUGUGUGUCUGCCUGGGGAAAUGCAUGGUUGUGACCCCCACCCCCUCACCUGCCCACCUCCCCAGUGCAGUGCAGACACUCCUGUUUAUGUCCUCUCACCGUCCUCCACAUGCCAAGCACUUCUGCCAGUUGUCUCAGUUCCAAAUGGGUUCUUAGGGUUUGUUCCUGGACCUUUGGGGUUCAGUGCAUUCCUCUUAUCUUCUGGGGAUCUUGGGUUUUUGUUCCCUGGGUUCUGAAGGUCUUAAGUAUUGUCUAUGGCCUCUUAGGGUCUUGGGGUUUGUCCCUGGUCCUCUGGGGUUCUUCUGGUUUGUUCCUCAUCUUCUGGGGAUCCCUGAUUUGGUUGCAAGGCUUCUUAUGCAUGUCAGCUUAUCCCUGGACUUCUAAGGGUCUACAAGUUUGUUCCUCAUCUUGUAGGAAUCUUUGAUUGUGUUGCAAGGCUUCUGGGGCUUGUAGGGUUUGUCACUGGCCCUCUAAAAGCGUUAGAGUUUCAUUCUUGAUCAUCUGGGGUUCUUGGAGUUUGUUCCAGGUAGUCUAGGAUUCUUGGGGUUCCCCCAGCAAUUUCCACAGGCACAAGUGAUUUGAUUUGCCAGCGUUUUGCAUUGUGGAUGCCAAAAUCAGGAGAAACUCACCCAAGAUCUGAUUCUCUGACCCCUGUGUAAAUGCCAAAGAGUGGCGAGGCUAGCUUGGCCAUUUUCCACCCUCUCUCUCUCUCUGUGACUCUUUUCUCUCUCUUUCUGUCUUUAACGUAGGAAGGGGCGGAUUGCUGGGGCCCCUUCACAGCGUGCACUUGAAAGACAGGCGGUCAUGAAAGAGGCCAUCGACUUUUUUGCGGACUUCAAAGAGGAGGCUUUUUUCAUCCCGUCUCCUCUCUGGGUAUCUGGUCUGGGGUCCGCUCUUGGCCAGACCUGUGGGCUUUAGGGGGCAUUCAAAGGGGGCGGGGGAAGAUCAGAGAGAAGGCUGAAUCAUCCAGAAUGAGGAUGGUGGUAGUGGUGUGUGUGUAGGAAAGGUGGGAGGGGGCUGUUUGAGGAAUAGGAGCUGUUGGAGUAGUGGGGCAUGGAGCUGAAUUAAACUUUAAUGAGCAACAAUUGUAAGCAUGCUGAGAGCGAAAGGGGGCAAUGGUGGGGGUGUGCAGUUGAGUCUGUAGGAGGGGAAGGGGGUAAAAAAUAAAAGAUGCUCAGAGGAUCCUCUGCCGACCCCUGCUCACUACUGUCAUUGUAUCAAAGCUGAGGUGACACCUUUCAGGUUUCUCUUUGUCUCUCUGACUGGGAGCCUAAAAUGGAGACAGAGCUUUUUGUAUUGAGCCACCUUCUGCUCCUGUCAAGCAGGGAAGCUCUUCCCUUUCUGUACAGAGGCCAGGCGGGAGGGAGGGAGGGAGGAGUGAAUCCAGUUGGCUGCUAUAGGUGAUCCGCAUUGCCAUCUUAGCCUGCGGCACCCCCUAGUGGCUUUUCUAGAAACUUUACCUUGAAACGAGUCUGGCAGCCAAGGCCUUUGCAGAGCAAUUCUGAGGGGAGCGGAAAUAAUGAAAUAGCAGAACUGAAAUGUAACAUAUACUUUCAGAACAAAAAAGAAAAAAAAACCUCAAUUUUUUUUGGAUGUUUAAACCAAAAAACAACCAAAGAUUGAUGGGUAACUGCUGAAUCAUUAUGUAUCAUGGGUAGUUUUAGCAGUUCCCUAUCAGAGCUACCGUAGCACUCAGAGGAUUCAAGAAAGCACCAGUGGGGUUCCGCGUGCUGAUUAUUUAUGUUGCAUAGAACAGUAUUAUGUUGAGCUGGAACUGAGAAACUGACAUGAGGCAGUGUCUUCAGAUGGAAGUCUUUUGACUCUGUAAACCCCAGUGUCCCUGUCUGUCCCUGCCCUCUCCCCUGUAUCUACAUGAAGACUUUACCCAUCUACCUCAACUGUGUGAGAUGUUGUGUGGCAAAGAUAUUCCUUAACCAAAGAAUCCAUCCUGUCAGGGUGUCUGUCUAUCUAUCUUGUCUGUCCAUUCGUCUCUUCUUCAUGCCUUUUACUCCAAACCAAAUGUGCUGGAAUCAAUCCGCAACAGGAGCCGAACGAGGCCCCAGUCCAGCCAAAGCUUAAGUCCAGUAUGCUAGUGUUCCAUUGAUCCAUGUUCUGUAUAUAAAUAAAAUCAUUCUCAAGACCAAAAAAGGAGGUGACAAUCGAAGCAAGGAGGAUCUUGCUGUAAUCAACGUUGCCUAUUCCUUGUUUUCCGAAAUCUAGAAUCAUGUGACUUGCUGUAACAGAAAAGCCCAAGAAUCAAGCGCUCAUCCAAAAAUAAAAAAGGUUGUUGGAGACAGAAGCUAUUUUUCCACAUUUGUAAGCCACCCCUCCCACCCGUUUUUUCCAAAAUGUUUAGUGUAGUUGAAAUACUGUUCGAUCCCACUGUUGUAAGUAGGAAUUAAUGAAAUCCAUACAAAAAGCUUUAAACGGGGAAGAGCUGAGGGAAAUAUUAUAUUUGACGGAGUCUGAGUUUCCUCAGCUUGGACUCGACCCACCAUGCUUUAUCGUGCCAUUCUUGUCCAUGUGUUAGACUUACUAAUGAAUGUGGCUAACCAACCAAAGGCUUUAAAAAAAGAUACACAACACUUUAAACGUCAAUCAUGGUGGGACAUUUUGUAUCAACAACUAAAGAAAAUCCCUUUGAAUACCUCAUGUGAAAAUUGUUUGUUGUGAUGUUGCACUAAAAAAAUAAAAAUGACUCAUUUGUAACCCAA